CUCACAGCUGUGUCUCUGGUAACGUCGUCCAGCGACAUGUGUCGUGUGUCCUCCUGUAUUGUGUUGGUGGUCCUGGCCGUUGUGGCGGCGACGUCCAGUACUGGGUACGUCCCCAAGCCUGUUGUCCCCAUACUCAAGGACGACCGGAAGCAGAACGCCUACGGAGAGUCCGCCUUCCAGUACGAGUCCGGCGACGGCACCAGCAGGAAGGAGGCGGGCACCCAGAACGACGGCCAGGUGUCCCAGGGCGGCUGGAGGUACACGUCCCCGUAUGGUGAACCUGUGGAGAUUACCUUCGUGGCUGACCACGGCGGCUACCAGCCCCACGGCGACACCAUACCUGUGCCCGUCCCUCUCCCUUACGAACGCACCGGAAACUAACUGGCAGGGUCUUGUGACUCUACCUGUUGGUUCAAGCAUCCGGCCGCCCCACCUGUUGACUCCAGCACCCGUCCGUCCGCGCCCACCUGUUGACUCCAGCAACCGUCUGCACUCAACCUGUUGACUCCAGCAACCGUCCGCCCCCACCUGUUGACUCCAGCAACCGUCCGCCCCCACCUGUUCACUCUUCCGUCCGUCUGGCAUGACCUGAAGACUCGAGAGACUCCCACCUUUCCUGAGCCAUCACCUGGCGUCUUUACCAGCUCUCACUCUUUAUAAUUACAUCAUCUCCACACAUGCUCAUUAUGUCCAUUAUUAUUCAUCACUCAUUAUAGUUUUCCACAUCCUGGGAGACAAUAUAACAGUCCUUAUCAUCAGUAUGACAUUGUGUCAUGUUCAUAACUUACCACUAUUCAUGAAAGUGUUAUUGUUCUUGUCCUUGUUUAUGUGUGUGAAUUUGUUUGUGAACAUGUGUGACUGAACUUUCUUAAGGUUCAUUUGUAAAUGACAAAAUAAUCCAUCAUGGAUCUUCCUGUCCAUAAAUUUUUAUUACUAAAGUUUUUUCUGGUACAAGCUUUAAAUAAUAAUUAUAAAUUUGUUAGUGAACCUCCUUUAGUUAUACAAUUUAAGUGUGCAUCUUUGGCAAGAAGAAUUAGAUUAUUUUGAAUUUCUUUCCUUUUGACCCUUACUGUGUUGAGCCAAUAACUGGUGUCGCCGCUGUCGUAAUAAACACA